GAUCACGUUUUCAGUUCAAUGAAAAAACGUCAUGUUAUUGGUAGCGAUUUAUUGAAGACAAAGUUGAUUAGAAAAUCGACAACUUCACAAGCAUAUAAAUUCUAGUUAAUAUCUCACUGUAACAUCAGAAAUCAGUAAGCAUACAAAUGAAUAGAACAUUGGUGGCCGUACUCAUUUUUACCCUCGCUGUUAACUAUCUGAGUGUGACGUACUGCGAUGAAGAUGAGGACGGAAAACCAUCUAAAACUGCUGAAGCCCCAGCUCCUGUGCCAACAAAGUCUAAAUCCAGCGACCCUGGUAAGGGGAAACCUAGGAGAGACUGGAUGAAGGUGUACGGUAUUGAUAAGUCGAAAAAAAGGGUGAACAAAACAGUGAAAAUUUGAUGGACGGCUGAUUCUACACUUUGAAAUCUGUGUUUGCU